AGUGUUGAAAAAAAAAAAAGACACAUGUAAAAAAAAAAAAAUUAUGAAUGUUUGUGCGGAAAAGGACAGGUGAAGUAGCUGCACAGCAGCGGCAACUGGAAACCCUAAAGAUGCUCAUUCACUUGUCUGACUGUUUUGUGAGACGAGGGAAAGAGAGGGAGAGCAAACAGGAGUCUUCAAUCCAGUCAAAUCCAAUCCAAUCCAAUCCAUCGUCACCUUCAAUCUUAUUCUCCAGCCUGUGUAGGGUAUAUAUCUAUCUGGUGUCUUUCUUUGCUCAGAAUGGCAGAUGGUCAUGAAUCAGAUAAGAAUAUUGAAAUAUGGAAAAUCAAAAAGUUAAUCAAGGCAUUGGAGUCAGCAAGGGGUAAUGGUACAAGCAUGAUAUCUCUUAUAAUGCCUCCUCGUGAUCAGAUAUCUCGGGUCACAAAGAUGCUGGGUGAUGAAUUUGGAACUGCUUCAAACAUUAAAAGUAGGGUCAACCGCCAGUCUGUCUUGGCUGCCAUUACAUCUGCUCAACAGAGGCUGAAACUUUAUAACAAGGUUCCUCCCAAUGGGCUGGUGCUUUAUACUGGAACAGUUGUUACUGAAGAUGGGAAGGAAAAGAAGGUGACAAUUGAUUUUGAGCCUUUCAAACCUAUAAAUGCAUCACUUUACCUUUGUGACAACAAGUUUCACACAGAAGCACUCAAUGAACUCUUAGAAUCUGACGACAAGUUUGGUUUUAUUGUCAUGGAUGGGAACGGCACCCUGUUUGGGACAUUAAGUGGUAACACACGAGAAGUGCUUCAUAAAUUUACUGUUGAUUUACCAAAGAAGCAUGGAAGAGGAGGGCAGUCUGCCCUUCGUUUUGCUCGACUUCGGAUGGAAAAACGACACAACUAUGUUAGGAAAACUGCCGAGCUUGCCACGCAGUUCUUCAUCAAUCCUGCCACCAGUCAGCCAAAUGUUUCUGGGCUGAUACUGGCAGGUUCAGCAGACUUCAAAACUGAGCUGAGCCAGUCAGAUAUGUUUGAUCCUCGUUUGCAAGCCAAGAUAUUGAAUGUGGUUGAUGUUUCUUAUGGGGGAGAGAACGGUUUCAACCAAGCUAUUGAACUUUCAGCUGAGAUUCUAUCAAAUGUAAAGUUCAUACAGGAAAAACGGUUGAUUGGGAAAUACUUUGAGGAGAUCAGCCAGGAUACUGGAAAGUAUGUCUUUGGUGUUGAUGAUACAUUGAAGGCUCUGGAAAUGGGUGCUGUUGAAACCCUUAUUGUGUGGGAAAAUCUAGAUAUUAAUCGAUAUGUUCUGAAAAACAGUGUUACAGGUGAAAUGAUUAUAAAGCACUUGAACAAGGAGCAAGAGGCUGAUCAGAGUAACUUCAGGGAUGCAGCUAACUCUGCAGAGUUGGAGGUUCAGGAAAAAAUGCCUUUGCUUGAGUGGUUUGCCAAUGAAUACAAGCGAUUUGGUUGCACGCUUGAAUUUGUUACAAACAAAUCUCAAGAGGGAUCACAAUUUUGCAGAGGGUUUGGCGGAAUUGGGGGUAUUCUUCGCUACCAGCUUGACAUUAGAUCUUUUGACGAGUUGUCUGAUGAUGGAGAAAUUUAUGAGGAUUCGGAUUAAGAAUUCAAAGGAUGAUGCAAAAGCCCAUACCAGGUUGAUGGACCUUUGUUACUGCUGUUGCCUGGGACUUCACACAAAAAAAAAAUUUCUUAUUUUGCUGCUUUUCAUUUGGAUAUUUAGAAUGUUUCCAUGAUUCCCCAUUUCAUUUUCUUAUUUUUCCUUUUUGUUUUUCACCCUUUAGUGAUUGGGAAUUUGUGAUUUUGUGCAAUAUGCCAAACUAUCAUGGUUUUUUUUUUUUUUUUAACUCCUCAUUCCUUAAUUGUGGUGGUUGUAUUGGGUAUUAUAAAAAUUACUAAAUUUUAAUUUAAAUUCCAUUAAAAUUUC